UGAGACUUUAAUCUCAGUGUGGGACAAUCUCCAAUGCAGUAAAAAGUAACCGAUCACUUUGCAGGUGUCAUUGUAAUAUUGUGUGUAGUCUUUUUAUUGUGUUGAAAAUGAUAAAUUACAAAAUAAAGAACUAUCAAAAAGCAACAUUGCAAGCAGUUUAUAAUAAGUAUAGAUUAUUUUUAGCCUAAAUCGUAUACAACGCAGGGUUCGCCAUUGUUUAUGAAAAUCAAUCAUUUUUUAAUCAGCGUCGAAGAUUUAAUCAGACCAGGCCUAGUUCAUCCGACACAAAAACCUAGACGUCAUUUUGCAGUCGAUGGCACAAUCAGAAAGAGUUCCUCUAAUAGCCACUGCCGUGGGAUGGAAUCAGGAAAGAUUCACGAUAAUAUAUUUCGUAUGAAGUUUUCGAACGCACGGAUGUAAAGCCUGUCACAGUUUUGAGGCUCUAGAUAGCUUGUUUCCCCACCAACCCUAGACGGUCAACAUGGCUACAACGAUGACCAGCCUGCUACGUCAGCGUGGUCACCCCAAGCUGAUACGUUUUGACCACAGCCAAGUGUACUUCGAGAACGAUCGCUUGGACGCUGACCUUUCCUAUGACAUCAACUCCCUCCAGAGAAACCAGUACCGUCAGUUUCUGGUGCGGCAGGAAGAGAUCAAAGAACUCAAGUUAUUGUGCGGCCUCCAGACACAACAAAGGAACGUCCGACCCGACAUCCAGCGAAGCAUGAGCGCAGGGUACACGUCACAUCUGCAAACCCGGCGCCAAAUGACGGCGACAAAACAUGAAUCGGAAUUCAACCCGGCUCAGUCUUUCAGCGAGCUGACGAUUAAAAAAGUUCAAUCGGAUAUGAACGAUAAACAAUUGAACGAAAAGAAAUUAAUGACGGUAUCGAUACCGAAUAUCGACGACGAAUCGGAAACCACGAGUGUGUAUUCAAGCCUGAUGGACAGCGAGCGCGAUGACGUCAUGUCGACUGCUGUCGCGCCCGCCGCGCACGCUGCUACGGGGAGCAGACCUCCAACGGUGUUGAAAAAAAAGCGCGCGAAAUUUGUCGAGUACCCCAUCCACUGGUACACCACCGUGGUGCCUGCGACUGACGUCAUCGUCAAACGGACGCCCUCGAGUUCUUUCUCCAGGAAAUCCGCUUCCAGUGAAAGACCAGGCCGACCCCACACUUCCAACAGCAGGAGCCUGGACUCCAGGGGGUCGAGAAAAUCUGGAAGGAACCCCUCACCCGCCCCUUCGCAAGGCCUCUUCUCUCACCCCACCGUGCGGCCGCCCACGAAAACAAGACGGCAGCUUCUGGAGAUGGCGCAUCAGGCGAGCUUCAAGACGGAGGAGGACAGGUACUCCGGCACGCUGAGGAAGUUGAUGGAGGUCAACCGAGAGGACGGUAAGAGACUGGAGAGCAAGGUCAAGGAUUUUAUACGGUCUUUGACCGAAUAUAAAAGUUAAAACGUUUUAAAGAUUGAGAGUAUCCCGGUGUUGCAGUGAGUGACCACGUGACUUUGUAAAAGCUG